AUGGAGGACCUGAUAAAGCAUCUGCGAGUCCCUGGAACCGUCAAGGGCUUGCUCAACAACUUGGGAAGCGUACUCAGUACAGAGCCAAGUACAAAUUUGAUCCAAUUUCGUCAUCUUACCCUCGUCGAGUAUCUUCAACGGUGCUCUGGUUCCCCAGCCGGCGGAAGCCAUAGGAGAAUCUAUCUUGACGUCAUCAAUGCGCAUGGUCAAGUUGCUUCGUGGUGUCUUCAACACCUCAAGUCGCGGACCGAUGGUCUCAAGUUCAACAUAUGUCAACUCGAGUCAUCUUUCUACCUCAACAAGCAGAUCCCGGAUCUUGAUGAGAAACUAUCCAAAUUUAUUCCAAGAAGACUUCGAUAUGCCAGCUCGCAUUGGUUGUUCCAUGUGUCUGGAAUGGACGACAAGAAGCCGUGCCCACUCGAGAACGAUGUUGGGUACAUUCUUCGAAGUCCACAAGUGCUAUAUUGGAUGGAGGUUCUCAGCUUCAUGAGAAGCGUGCCACGAGCCAUCGACGGUCUGCGCGUGCUCUCAGAUAACAUGGCACUCGGAGAAGAGAUAAGAUGGCGGAUCAAUGAUACCCUGAGGUGUUUGAUAGCGUUUUUGGUGCCAAUUCAGGAGAGCGCUCCACAUAUUUACAUCUCAGCGCUUCCGUUUACGCCCAAAAAGUCUAUUCUACGGAUUGAAGGCCUAAGGGAGUAUAGUGAGACGUUGAGGGUGACUGAAGGCCUCGAGGAGGUGUAUCCUGGGUUCCCUGACAGUUUGCGAGGCCAUAGCGACACUGUCAGGACCGUCGGAUUCUCACCAGACGGCUCACGAAUCGUCUCUGGCUCUCACGACAACACAAUUCGACUUUGGGACGCAAAGACUGGUGGGCCAGUAGGAGAGCCGCUCCGCGGCCACAGCGACUCGGUCCGGGCCGUCGCAUUCUCGCCAGACGGCUCACGAAUUGUCUCUGGCUCGAGGGACCAGACAAUUCGACUUUGGGACGCAAAGACUGGUGAGCCGAUAGGAGAGCCACUCCAAGGCCACACCAACUCGGUCUUGGCAGUCGCAUUCUCGCCAGACGGCUCACGAAUCCUCUCUGGCUCGACCGACCAGACAAUUCGACUUUGGGACGCAAAGACUGGUGAACCGGUAGGAGAGCCAUUCCGAGGCCACAGUAACUGGGUCAACGCCGUCGCAUUCUCGCCAGACGGCUCACAAAUCGUCUCUGGCUCGAGGGAUCAGACAAUUCGAUUUUGGGACACGAAGACUGGUGAGCCAGUAGGAGGGCCACUCCAAGGCCACACCAACUCGGUUACCGCCGUCGCAUUCUCGCCAGACAGCUCACGAAUUGUCUCUAGCUCUGAAGGCCAGGCAAUUCGACUUUGGGACGCCAAGACUGGAGAGCCGUUAGGAGAGCCACUCCGAGGCCACAGCCGCUCGGUAUACGCCAUCGGAUUCUCGCCAGACGGCUCACAAAUCAUCUCUGGCUCUCACGACCAGACAAUCCGACUUUGGGACGCAACGACUGGUGAGCCAGUAGAAGAGCCACUCCGAGGCCACAGCGACUCGGUUUUGGCCGUCGCAUUCUCGCCCGACGGCUCACGAAUCGUCUCCGGCUCUUCGGACCGGACAAUCCGACUUUGGGACGCAAAGACUGGUGAGCCGGUAGGACAGCCACUUCGAGGCCAUAGCGACACGGUCAGGGCCGUCGCAUUCUCUCCAGACGGCUCACGAAUCGUUUCUGGCUCUUACGACCAGACAAUUCGACUUUGGGACGCAAAGAGUGGUGAACCGGUAGGAGAGCCACUCCGAGGCCACAGCCGCCCGGUCUUGGCUGUCACAUUCUCGCCAGACGGCUCACAAAUUGUCUCUGGCUCGAGGGAUCAGACAAUUCGAUUUUGGGACGCGAAGACUGGUGAGCCAAUAGGAGGGCCACUCCAAGGCCACAGCGACUCGGUCUUGGCCGUCGCAUUCUUGCCAGACGGCUCACACAUCGUCUCUGGCUCGAGGGACGAGUCGAUUCGACUUUGGGACGCAAGGACUGGUGAGCCGGUGGGAGAGCCACUCCGGGGCCACACCAACUCGGUCACCGCCGUCGGACUCUCGCCAUGCGGCUCACGAAUCGCCUCUGGCUCGAGCGACAAGACAAUCCGACUUUGGGACGCAAAGACUGGUGAGCCAGUAGGAGAACCACUCCGAGGCCACACUAACUCGGUCACCGCCGUCGCAUUCUCGCUAGACGGCUCACGAAUUGUCUCUGGCUCGAGGGACCGGACAGUUCGACUUUGGGACGCAAGAAUUGGUGAACCGGUAGGGGAGCCACUCCGAGGCCACAGCCUCUCGGUCUCGGCCGUCGCAUUCUCGCCAGACGGCUCACAAAUCGUCUCUGGCUCUUGGGACGACACGAUUCGACUUUGGGACGCAAAGACUGGCGAGUCGAUAGGAGAGCCACUCCGGGGCCACGGCCGCUCGGUAACCGCCGUCACAAUCUCUCAAGACGGCUCACAAUUACUCUCUGGUUCUGAAGACAACACCAUUCGUCUUUGGGGUACAGAUAAUAUUCUACCGUCAAAACGUUCUUUGCUGGAGAAUUUAGCAAUCAUAUCUGGCUCCACGAGUGACAUGGGUCCAGUCUCUCGAGACGCAUUUGGUCGGUAUAGUGGUGAAGACAGCCGCUCUCAAGAGACAGAGGGAGCCCCCCAACCCUCUGAUAUCCCCCAGGAAAUGGACGGGAUCCCUUUAGACACUCAUAUUUCCCGCUUCAAACAGUGCUCACUUAUGCACGAUGGCUGGGUGCAAUCGUCUGGUAGAUUUCUCUUCUGGGUGCCACCAAACAAUCGACAUGGACUACAAUAUCCACAAUCCCUUCUGGCCAUGCCGAAGGCGAGUUCUCUUCGUGUCACCAAACUCGAUUUCAGUCAUUUUCAAUGUGGUCGCUCUUGGACCAAAGUUCGAACAAGUACCACCUGGUGA